AUGGACGGGGAAGUGCUGGCUAGUCCGCACUGUGGUCGGGGUAGUGAAACACCAGGCUGCUAUACGAAUAGAGUCCCUUCUCAGCACAGUGGGUUUUCCAGACUCAGAGGCAAGAAGUGGGGCGGGUUGGCCGCCGCCCAAAUCGGCACCCGCAGAUCGUUCAACGCAGGAAUUUACCUGCCAGCUGCGACGACGAGUUCAAAGCCGCCUGUCACCGUCCGACUGACCUGCAAGCUUCCUGCUGCGAGUCGACGCUCAGGGCCUCUUUUUAUUAUUCUUUGUUUCUUGCGAGAACAAUGUCAACAAACAUCGACUGGUACGUACCACGUUGAUGCUGCCACUGCUUCACAGCUUUGCUCUACGCUUAAUCUGAAUUUCGCCACGUGA